AUGACAAAUACCGUGCCAACACCGUUGUCUAUCCCUUACAUUCAACGACAGAUCGACAGAAUUUUGGUAACUUUUGGUUCCGCGGCAGAAGUCCUCAAUCUCGAGUUCCCAGAUUCCAUGACCAGCCCAACAUCGAUCAUGCCAGGAUGCACCGUCAUUUGUAACUGGUUCAAAAGAUCGGGAGUGGCGUACCUUCAGUACCGCAACAGAACAUCGGUCGGCCUUGCCUGGAAGACUCUCCACAGAGACCUAAACGGCAGGAGACUGAAUUGCCGACUGUUGCCGCCAGUGCAAAAUGUUACAUCUCAGGACUGGAUACAGACAAUCGAGGUGGGAAACCUUAGCCCGAAGACAGAGGAAAAAGAUCUUCAGGACAUACUACGUGGCUUUGCCCCGGACAACAUCGCGUUCAGCAGAGCUCCCCGUGAAUCGACAAUACAGCAUAACUGGACCCUUUCGUUCCUCGCCAGUAGGUUCAGUGCUCACGGCAGCAAGUUGGCGUCCGUUGAACUUGUUCCUACAGGGAAAAGUCGUCGUUGGAGAGCCUACGCUCGAUUCCAAACUCCCACAGAUACCGGCCUGGCUCUUUCUGUCAGUGGAAGAUACCUUCCUGAGCUGCGAUCGCGGCUAUUUAUGGAGCAAGUCGUCACGGUGGAAAUACCAACUCUGCCCGAGGUUUAUUUCGCAUUAAGUGAUCAGAUCCUAAACAAAUGGCGACAAAGCCACAAGACGAUACACAAUUGGGUCCGGUACGAGAAAGCAGACAAGGCUGUGCUCGUUAUCACUGGAAAACACCCUUACACUGUUGCUGAGCUAAGAGUCGCCAUUGAACAAAUAUUGGCAGGCCGGAUCAUUUUCGCGGACACAAAGCACAAAUCCCUGUGGCACGACUUCUUCCUGACCGACGCGGGACUGUCGUUUCUCAACUCACUAAGCCAGCCGAGGCUGUUGUUUGUCCACCGCGAUCUACGAACACGCCAACUAAUCAUGCACGGCCCAGCCAGUCUCUAUGAACACACGCGAAACACUAUUAUCGCCAUGCUUAGUCAGGGCCAAUCUGCGCACAGUGUGAAUACAAGCCACGACGACUAUGAAGAGGUGCUUAGCCAGUCGUUCCGCUCUUUUGUCUCUUCCCGGCCUGCCCAAUUGUACUACUGUCCGACCCCGAACUGUCCGACAACCCUGCCGGUUGUCCAUGUGGAAGGCACCGGCGGGGAGGGGCUGGUGGUCUCGUGUCCUGGCUGCCGCGAGUUGUUGUGCUCGGCGUGCCAGACAACCAGCCACGAGGGCAUCAGUUGCAUGGAAAUGAGGGAAAUCAGGGCCCGCGUGACGCAGAUUGAGGAUGGGGAGACUUGGAGUCAUGGCAUGUUCUACUAG